UUGCUGGGUCGAACUUAAAUUCGCCAAGCAUCGCAGCACCAUGCAGGUCACGCAGACCGACGCCGAGCACGCGACGGCCCGCGACGCGUUCGUGCUCAUGUCGACGCUGCUGAGCCCCGUCGUGCCUGCGCCAUACCUCGAGCUCUGCAGCAACAUCCUCCAGGAGCGCCACCUCCGCGAUGUCUUUGAGGAGCGGGCGGUCCAGCUCCGCUGCGGCCUGCCCACGUGCAGCUCGACGCUCGCCAAAAAGAAGCCACAGAAGUACCGCAUCUCGGUGGCGCGGCGAGAGGUGUAUAGCGCCCGCGAAGAGCAGCAGUUUUGCUCCGAGACGUGCUUGAAGGAAGCCCGAUCGUUCCUGGCGCUGCUGCCGGUGAAGCCGGUGCAAAUGCUACCGACGAUCCACCAAGUCUUUGGCACGUCCAAGCCCAACCCGUUGGACUACCGGGAGGGCGCGCGUGCACCAAUUUCCGUGGCAUCGGUGGCCAAGCCCAAGCGCGCGCAGCCCAAGGUCGUGUGGUCCAAGCAGCCGGGCAUGGGCGUCGUCGAGCGGCCGAGCCAGAAGCCGAUCACGAUCAUCGAGAACAAGGCGCCGGCCGGGCCAUCGCGCGAGUUUCCCAAGGAAGAGCACGCCAUCUUGAUUGAAGGUUUCGUGUUUCCAGGCCACAAGGCCAAAAAGGCCACGAAACUGGCCAAGAAGAUGAAGCAAGAGACAGCGCCAGCCACGACCGAGGACGGGAAUGAGAAUGAAAGCGACUAUUCGUCCGAGUCGGACUCGGGCACGGACUCGGAGAUGGACAUCCUCGGCGCCGACGACGACUCGUCGGACGACAGCGAUGGCAACACGGACGUAUACAGCGCCGCCGACCUCCCGCUCUUUGCGACCAUGUGGAUGAAGAUCUCGGAGAUGGUGACGCCAGAGACGCUUUCGGUUGUCGCGGGCUGGCACCAGCGGUCGAUCCCUGUGACGGUCGAGGUGCGUCCGAUCUCGGGACCGGAAGAAGACCGCGCGCACCACUUUGGCGCGUUCUUGUUGCGGCAAAUGCCGUCGAUCAGCGCGCUCUCGGGGCUGCCGUGCGACCGGCGCAUCCAGGGGCUGCUGCAGGACCUCUUGCACACGUUCCAGCUGCUUCGGCCCGUCGAGGCCAAGGAAAAAAGCGAGUGGAAUGCCAUGUGCUUUCUCUUCUUGCUCGUGUGCCACAAGUGCACGCCCGACACGCUGCGCUCGCUGCCGACCCUGGCGACGACGCUGGCGCAGUGUCGCCUCGAUGUGGCCGAGAUGCAGCAGCUCGUGAGCAUCUUUUACAACACGGACGCCUUCGAGACCAUGGUGCUCGCGGACGAGAUGGACAAACCGAUGGAAGUGACGCCGCGCGUGACCGCGACCAAGGGCGUCUCGAAGAAGCAGUGCCGCAAGUGCCGCCGCGCAACCGACGUGUGCAUCUGCAGCACGCGUCUGCGCGAGGAAUCCGAGUUUUCCGACGCCGACGUCGCACGCAUGCUGCAGGAAUCGCUGCAGAUCCAAGACAUGUCGGCGUUUGGCACGACCAAUGGCGCCGACGAGAUGGAAGACGCCAGCAUGAGCUCAUAAUUGCGUUUCAUGCAAAAAUGUCUCGAAUUGCUCGACACUAU